GACUUUUUGUCUUCAAAAAACCGUUUGUUUACGUUCUCCUGCGAGCGGUUAAAAAAUGGGUAAAAGUGAGAAAAAAUCAAAGAAAAAGCACAAGGAAAAGCGGAGGGAGCACAAGGAGAAGCACAAGUCGCGGAAAUCCAAGAAGCACAGCCGGAAAAAGGAGGAAUCCCCUCCGCCAGCGCCGCCACCUCAGAAUGGCACCCAAAAUCAGCAGGAGGAGGAGGAGGAGGACUUUGCCAUACCAAUAGCACUGAUGAACAGCAAGUCGCAUGCACCGGAGACUCCCGAGGAGUACCAGCGCCGCCAGAGCCAAAUCCGCCGGGAGGUCGAUCCGGUCACCGGGCGGGUGCGCCUCAUCAAGGGCGACAGCGAGGUGCUGGAGGAGAUCGUGACCAAGGAGCGCCACGCGGAGAUCAACAAGAAGGCCACCCGCGGCGACGGCGAGUUCUACGAGGCCCGAUCUCUGGACGCCGCCAGGCGACGCAAAUAGCAAAUAACCAAAUAAAUUCUUGUCUUUGUAGUAAUAAUUAAUAACUGUCAGUUUAAUUAAACAAAGGGCUAGCUAGCGAUCUAUAUGUACACGCGAAA